CCGAUAGAGGGCGGUAUACUUCAGCGUCUCGUUAACGUUUUCUGAAAUUUUCAACAUGGCGAAACAUCAUCCUGAUUUGAUUUUCUGCAGAAAGCAGGCUGGUGUGGCCAUUGGCCGUUUGUGUGAAAAAGAUGACGGCAAGUGUGUCAUCUGUGACUCUUAUGUACGUCCCUGUACAUUGGUACGCAUAUGUGAUGAGUGUAACUAUGGAUCGUACCAAGGGCGCUGUGUGAUUUGUGGGGGACCAGGCGUGUCUGAUGCGUACUACUGCAAGGAGUGUACAAUACAGGAAAAAGAUAGGGACGGCUGCCCAAAAAUUGUCAACUUAGGCAGCUCCAAGACCGAUCUGUUCUACGAAAGAAAGAAGUACGGCUUCAAGAAGAGAUGAUAUCACUUACAGGGAGACAACCAUUUGGACCAACUGAGGAUGCCUGCCCAGAUAGGAACAAAGUGACCGAUUGAUGAGCAGUGACCAGUUAUGAAUAUCUGACCAGUUGAACCCAGUUGCUUUUUAGUAAAUAAUUCAAAUAAUGUCAUGAAAAGAUUGGACUGCAUUGAGACUUCAAACAGUUGUAAUGAAAGUCCAGGCUUACAUGAGAUCAGUUCAAGAGUUUUCUGGUCAGUUCACAUUGUUUCAAGCUAGCAUGGCAUUCAAUUUCCUUGCAUCUUCACUUUGAGAAGUACAUGUAUGGUCUCGUCUCAAGCGACAUAUGUUGGUAUUGUUCAUUGUGUGUAUUUGUCUUGACUUUCAAAUAAGAUCACUCCCCUUUAGACUUAAAAGCACUGAUAAAAUUCCUAAAGUCCUGUUCAAUCGCAUUAGAUACAUAAACAGUUAAAAAUGUUUUGCUCUCUACCACUCUUAAAAUCGAAAAUUAGUUCUAAAGAGUUCACAUGUUUCACUUCAGACUAGCGUGACAAAAUAAAAGUGACACACAAGUACUGUAAUGGAAAAUCAUUUUUUUUUAUCUGCUGUACAUAUCAAGUUCACAUAGGGUGAGGGAGGGGGUCGAUACACAUGUAGUGGUGUUGGUUUAGGGUAUUUGUGUUAAGUUUUUUGUUUUUUGUGUGUGCAUGUAUGGAUGUGUUAACACUGCACAGGUCUCAAUUUUUGGCCAAUAAAAAACCACAAAUUUAAAUUUUAACUG